CAUUUCCACGAAAAUUUGAGUUAAUCCAGUCUAGGGUUUUUUUACCACGGUUGGCCACGCGCAAUGUUACUGAGCGAAGUGUCAACAAUUUCUUAGGAAAAUAAUAAGAAAAAUUUAAUUUCGCUAAAAACCUGCGUUCAUGUGUUUUUUGCAAGAUGCGUCGCAGGGCCGGACUGGGGGCCAUCCAAAAACACAAAUUGGAGCAAGAAAAAUACAAAGAUAAAGGAAGCGAAAUUCAGGAGAAUUUGUUCGAGCAAAUGACCAAACAGUUGGGCGUAUUGGAGGAAAAUCUCGAGGAGUUUGCGACCAAACAUAAAAAUAAAAUUCGGAAGAAUCCCGAAUUUCGGCGCCAGUUUCAAGAAAUGUGUGCUAGUAUUGGGGUAGAUCCGUUAUCCUCUGGUAAACAGGGGUUCUGGUCGGUGUUAGGCAUCGGUGAUUUCUACUACGAACUGGCGGUUCAAAUUGUCGAAGUUUGUUUGGCCACGAAUUACAAAACAGGGGGUUUGAUUAGUUUGGAUGAACUCAGGACGAGACUGAUUAAAGCUAGAGGUAAGGGCAAACAACACCAGGAGAUCACGCAAGACGACUUGAUUCGCGCGGCGCAAAAGUUGAAAAUUUUGGGGAGUGGUUUCAUGGUGGUCCCUGUGGGGAAGGGGCAGUAUAUGGUGCAGUCCAUCCCUGGGGAACUAAGUAUGGACCAUACGGCUGUUUUACAGCAAGCCACUCAGUCAAAUCAGGCGUUUGUUUCCGUCAGUUAUCUCAAACGGGAGCUGGGUUGGGAGGAUGAGAGGGCCAGGAAAGCCCUGGACCAUAUGGUAGACCAAGGCCUGGCUUGGGUGGACUUGCAAAGCCCCAAAGAGAAAUUAUACUACUUUCCCAGUUUGUUCAAUGCUUGUAUUGACUCCACAAUCAGCUAAAUAAAACAUUCAACAACAAAAAGUAACAAACCAUCACCUA